GAGACCUGUACUAGUUCCCGACCCCUAAAACAGGUAUACCAAGGCCUGUUACUGUUUGUUUUGUCGAUUUCACUUUAAAAUCUCAGAACUACCAGGGGACGUGUAAUGCUAAUGUUUGUGUAUAUCCACUCGUGGCAGGGUCUAUUGAACUGUGCUUUAAUCGUUCACUUAAAUCCAAUGAACCAUGGGCGUGAUUUUGUAUUAACUCCUAUAAAAGGAUUUCCUAUUCAUGCUGAAUCGAAUAUAACGUUACGGAAAUAGUGGGAUACAACUGAAAUACCACAGAUCAAGGACACGUGCGGUAUUGAUAAAACAAGUGGACUAUCGAUACGCCGUACCUCUUACCUGGCGGUAAGCAUGGCAGAUUUGAGCAAGUGUGGUUCUCUGGGAGUAAUAACUUGUGUAUUGAUUUUGGCGGUUUCAGCAUCGGUGACACAGAAAGUCUUAAACGUACCCCUGUAUGAAACCGGCCGUCUGUGGAUGUCGCAGUGGAACUCUCCUGCGUUUAGCCUUUUGACGGAUUUCUCCUCUGUGUUUACCUAUAUUGUGUUUGCUGUCGUUGUUUAUGUUCUGUAUAAACUGUACGGAUUUCUAUUCGUACCUAUAAACAGAAUUCGCUACUUGGGGGAUCUAGGGUAUGUGUCGGAAGGAGACAUCAAAGAAACGGUGAAUAGGGUGAGGAAAUUGAGGUCUGUUGGAGACAUUCCCCCGGUGUACCCUAAUGGAUGGUUUGGACUCAUUGAAGGAUUCAGGAUUGAACCUGGGAAUGCUCAAAAUAUAUCCGUAUUGGGUUUAAAUUUGGCCGUGUUUAGAGCAGAAGAUGGAAAAGUCCAUGUCAUUGAUACCUAUUGCCCACACAUGGGCGCCAAUCUCGCUGUGGGGGGCCGAGUUGUGGGCGACUGUCUGGAGUGCCCAUUUCAUGGCUGGCAAUUCAGAGGAAGCGACGGAAAGUGCAUCAAAAUCCCCUACUCUGAGAAAGUGCCUGAUAUCGCUAAAGUCAAACAUUACACCUCAACUGAAGUGAACGGCUGGAUAUAUCUUUGGUACCAUGCGGAGGGAUCGGAACCAACGUGGACCAUUCCGGAAAUUCCCGAAAUAUCCCGAGGAGACUGGGUGUACAAGGGUCGUACAGAGCACUAUAUAAACUGUCACAUAGAGGAAGUGCCAGAAAACGGUGCCGAUGUACAGCACCUGCAAUGCGUGCACACCCCAUUGAUGACGUCAGGCAUAGAUCUUCGUUACAUGUGGAACAAACUUUGGUCUUUUGGGUCUCAUUCAUGGACGGCUAGUUGGGAAUGCAACCCUCCGCCAGAGGAACACAUAGGAACCUUGACCUUGUCGCACUCUCUGAAUCUGUUCGGGAAGACUGUUAAUGCGAUAGAUAUGAAUGUCAAAGCCAGACAGAUUGGUCCUGGAAUUGUUUACCUCAAAUUCGAGUCAACUCUAGGAAAUGGGAUUUUUGUACAUCAUAUCACACCAACAGAGCCUAUGCUACAAAAGCUUGUACAUAAUAUAUAUAUACAGAAAUAUGUGCCAACAUUUCUAGCAACAUUCCUAAUGAUUGGUGAAGCAAUUCAGGUGGAGAGAGACAUCAUGAUUUGGAACAACAAAAGAUAUGAAAGAAAACCCAUGUUUGUUAAAUCUAAAGAGGACUCGUUAGUCGCUAAACAUAGAAGGUGGUAUUCUCAAUUCUACUCAGAAAACAGUCCCAGACUAAAGUUCCAGAAAGAUUCCUUGGAUUGGUGAAACUAGGACUUGAUUAGUGGUUUAAGAAAGACUCGUUAGAGUGGUGGAAUAUAGUCAAUAGGAUGUAUAACAGUAUUCCUUAGUAAUAGGGAAUUUAAAAUGGCUAAAUAAUGCUCUUUCAUUUUAUAAGUAAGAAAAUAUGUAUUGAUAUAAACUACGAACUCAAUAUCAGGUCGCUCUCUUGUUGUACCGAUGUUUAGAAUAUUGAUUAGUGUGUCAAAUUCAGACCGAUUUGAUGAUAUUUGAAACCACAGAUUGGAACAGCUUACACCUUUUUACUGAUUUUGAUUCUUUGGAACAUCUGUUGACGGUUGCAGAAUAGUCCUUGUAACUAAUCUAUAUCAGUAGUGUUUCAAAUCACUCUUACCACGUACGAGACGUGUUCUAUAAAGAUAUAAAAGACUCUUGCAAGUAUUACACGAACACGAUUCAGAACUGCUCACCAGUUUCUUAAAAUAGCAACAAAAACACGGACCUAUUUUCCGAAUAUUGUAAAUAUCAGACUUUGUUCACCGUGUACAAAUUGUAGUCACGUGACUUGCGAAUUUGGUAAUACAUGUACCAUUAUGAAAUCUGUGCACAAUCUUUUUUCUUGUGUAUGUGUGAUUUCUUUUGUUUGUUUGUUCAUAAAUUGUUGAAAGAAAGUUACUGUUUCCUUUUAAGCAGUACCUUGUUAUUUGUAUUGUCAAAGAAAUGUGGUUCGAUGUGGGGAAAACAUGCCUGUAAAAAGUCAAUGUUGUAGGUUGUGUAACGAGUUUAUAGAUGUGUUAGUGUUGGGAAAGUUGUGCAUGUUGAACAAAGUUGAGCAAACUCAUGGUCAAUACUUAUGAAUAUGAACACCAUAUGACUUUUUUAAAAGUUUUUUUUAAAUUUUUCUUUUUGGGGGUAGUUUAAAAAUACCUAACAAUAUAACGGAUUGAAUACUUGACUUACACUAUCCUGGCAGACUAUCUCGUGUAAACUCCUUACUCAGAUCCGGAUAGUUACAGGAUCACACGGAUCCGUGGAACGAGAAUUCCAAUCCGGCAGGGAAUCUUGUAGGCAAUGUUACAUUUCAUCUAUUAGUUAUAUUUAUUAAUUAGUAACCUUUACUUUUCGUUUAUGUCCAUUAGUUCACAUACAUCAUCAUUACCAUUAUAUUUAUUUAAAGAAUAGUAUUUUCUAUUGAAUCGAAAGCACGACAUCUUAAAAGGAUAAACAUACAUCUCAAUAAACGUAUAGAGAAUAUGUAGAUUGUGAAAUGUAGUUCAUGACUCUUAGAUAAGAUAAAAUGAAUUUUUAAAAAUGUACAUGACUGGUGGUUUUCAUGGUUUGCCUCGAAUUAUAUUUUCAAUCUGAAAAUUUUCGAAUGUAUAGAUGACAUGAAAACUCUUAAUAUUUUAUGCUAUGAUUCAUUCAACAUGCAUAAAAUACUAUAUGUAUUAAACAAGCUUGUGCAAAUUA